GCAACCCCAGACUCAGCCUCCACCCCGGCCCCGGCGCCACUGCUGCAGUCAUGGCUGCUGAUGGGGUGGACGAACGCUCGCCUCUGCUCUCCGCAUCCCAUUCUGGAAAUGUCACUCCCACGGCCCCACCAUACUUACAAGAAAGCAGCCCCAGAGCGGAACUCCCACCUCCGUACACAGCCAUUGCCAGUCCAGAUGCCAGUGGUAUUCCAGUAAUAAACUGCCGCGUGUGCCAAUCUCUCAUCAAUUUGGAUGGCAAGCUUCACCAGCAUGUGGUUAAGUGCACGGUUUGCAAUGAAGCUACGCCAAUCAAAAACCCCCCAACAGGGAAGAAGUAUGUUAGAUGCCCUUGUAAUUGUCUCCUCAUUUGUAAGGACACAUCACGGCGAAUAGGAUGUCCAAGACCCAACUGUAGACGCAUAAUUAACCUUGGCCCAGUAAUGCUUAUUUCUGAAGAACAGCCAGCUCAACCUGCAUUGCCAGUCCAACCAGAAGGUACAAGAGUCGUGUGUGGGCACUGUGGAAACACGUUCUUGUGGAUGGAACUGAGGUUCAACACUCUGGCAAAAUGCCCACACUGCAAAAAAAUUUCCUCUGUGGGUAGUGCACUUCCUCGAAGACGCUGCUGUGCAUAUAUUACCAUUGGAAUGAUAUGUAUUUUCAUUGGAGUUGGAUUAACUGUUGGCACCCAAGGUUUUGCAAGGCGAUUUCAUGCAACCUAUGUUUCUUGGGCAGUUGCUUAUCUCUUAGGUUUGAUCUGCCUUAUCCGAGCUUGUUAUUGGGGAGCUAUAAGAGUGAGUUAUCCAGAACACAGUUUUGCAUAA